AUGCUCCGCACAUUCCUCGCACGCAGCUGCCAGCCCCAGCGCAUCCUCACCAGAGCCAUCGUCCCCUCGGCCCCUUCCGGCAUCCGCUUCAUCGCCACCACCAGCCAGCCCGCUGCUCAUCCUGAAGGCAAGGAAUGCUUCCUCGAGCGCCUCUCUGGCGAGGAUCAAGGCAUCGCUGUCUUGAACUUCAACAGACCCAAGGCCUUCAACGCCCUCUCCCGCAAGUUUGUUGGCGAGUUCCGUGAUGCCCUUCAGGAGCUCCGUUACGACAACGAUGCUCGCGUUGUCAUCGUCAGGAGUUUGGUUGAGGGCGCUUUCUGCGCUGGUGCCGAUUUGAGAGAGCGUUCCACCAUGAACGCGACUGAGGUCAGACAGUUUUUGACCAGCUUAAGAGACAGCUUCCGCGAGCUCGAGACUUUGCCCAUCCCCACCAUUGCCGUCAUUGAUGGAGCUGCCCUCGGUGGUGGUUUGGAGAUGGCCUUGUGCUGCGAUAUGCGUGUCGGAGGUGGUAACAAGAAGGUCAAGAUUGGUCUUGUCGAGACCAAGCUUGCCAUCAUCCCUGGUGCUGGUGGUACUCAGCGUUUGCCUCGCCUGAUCGGAAUCCCCAAGGCCAAGGAACUUAUCUACUCUUCCAAGAUUUUGAACUCUGCUGCUGCCAAGGAUAUUGGCAUUUUGAACCACGCUGUCACUGAGGAAUCGGGAUACAACAAGGCCUUGGAGGUCGCUCGCGAGAUCUUGCCCAUGGGUCCCCUUGCUAUCCGCAUGGCCAAGCAAGCUAUCGAUAAGGGUACUCAGUUCGAGAUUGAUUCUGGAUUGGAGUACGAGCAGGCCUGUUACGCCCAGAUCAUGCCCUCUGAGGAUCGUUUGGAAGGUCUUGCUUCCUUCCGUGAGAAGAGAAAGCCCGUCUACAAGGGCAAGUAA